CAACCUCGCAUUGACUUGAACGUGGAUGGUAGGUCGUGACAGUCGAGAAAUUGUUUCGACACAACACCAAGCUGCCUGUGUUAGCCAGCGUCUGCCACAACAGUCACCUUCACCAAAUCGAUAAACACACCAUCAACAUGUCGGCGCCGAGAGUUCUCGCGCGGCCACUGCGCUCGGUUGCCAGUGCGGUCAAAUCAAACACCUCCAGGAGCAACACUAUCCGCACGUUCACCACAACGAUAUGCCGGACGAAAGAGGUGGCGGGCCAGACAGGCGAAUUGCCCAACAUGAGACAUGCGCAGAGAGCACCUGUUGGCACUCUGAAUGUGCCAAUCGUCAACCCCACCGACAAAUACCAGGACAAAGCUGAAGCUCUUCAUGCCUAUGGUCAAUACCUGCUAUCAUGUCUGCCCAAAUACAUUCAACAGUUUUCCGUCUGGAAGGAUGAACUCACAAUCUACAUCGCCCCCUCAGGCGUGACUCCCGUCUUCAGCUUCCUCAAAUAUCACACCGCUGCCGAAUACACGCAGGUGAGCGACAUCACUGCCGUCGACUACCCGACACGAGACCAGCGCUUCGAAGUCGUUUACAACCUGCUCUCGGUGCGCCACAACUCGCGCAUCCGCGUCAAGACCUACGCCGACGAAGCCUCGCCCGUGCCGUCCAUCACCAACCUGUACGACGGUGCCAACUGGUAUGAGCGUGAGGUCUACGACAUGUUCGGCGUCUUCUUCGUCGGCCACCCAGACCUCCGCCGUAUUCUGACCGACUACGGCUUCGAUGGACACCCGCUGCGCAAGGACUUCCCCUUGACCGGAUACACCGAAGUCCGAUACGACGAGGAGAAGAAGCGCAUAGUCGUCGAGCCAUUGGAAUUGACGCAAGCAUUCCGAAAUUUCGAGGGCGGAACUGCAGCGUGGGAACAGGUCGGCCCAGGACACGACCGAAAGCCCGACACGUUCAAACUGCCUACACCAAAGCCUGAGCCCAAGCCCGAGGAGAAGAAGUGAUUUCUCCAGGGAUUACAAAAUCGUUUCACCGUCGCAUGUCAGUGUACAGUAGUAGGAAAAUUACAAGCCUGUACAUACACGUCCAUCCGUCGUACAGCACUUCCGUCACAGCGGGAGAGACUUCUAUAGAGUUAACAUCAUCAUAUUCACACCGUCAUAAGACCGA